CUAGACUUUCCACCGAAUUUCCACCAGAAUAAUACCAAUACAAAGUUCCACAGACAGAAGCUAUAUUGCAGAGCCGCUUUAGUACGAAGCCCCAGCUGUGUUACAUCACUGCACUACAAAAACGUUAAAUUAUUUGGUAGUAGAGAAGUUUUGCGCGGAAAAUCGUAGCGUGUUGUGUUGUUUGAGGUCGAUCGGUUUUUCUUUCCUAUAGUUUGCUUGCCUGCGCCGCCGCCUGCCUUGCUCUGCCGCCGGACUGUCACAACACAUGUUUGUGCCGUGCCACACAAAAUACACAAUACAGAGAAAAACACAAACAGAGUAGUCGGCGCGUUAGUUUUUCCAUUUCCACUUGGAGCGGGGGCCCGUCUCAGUCUCAUUCUAGUUGUGAUUUUUAGGGAGUAAGUUCUCUCGUGAAAAAGUAGUCAAAUAAAAUAUAUAAUAAUUCCAAACGAAUAUCGGGAAAACACAAAUAAAUUUAAAUAAAAAUAAUAAACGAAUAGUAAAAUAGUAAAAUCAGAAUAGUAAAAAGUUUGUAGAACAAACCCUCGAAUUGUCCGUUAAAUACACGUAUCGUCGCGAUUGAGUAACCGUACAAGUAAUUUAACGUAACGUAAUGUGUGUGUGUGAACAACCACAACAAUAAAAGUCAAAAAUAUCUUCGGACGCAGCGAAGGACGAAGCGGCCACUAAAUAACGAUUUCGAGAACUAUCAAUCACAACAACAACAGGAACAACAAAAACAACAACCACAAAGGAAUCUGUGUGGGAAACGUCAACUACAGAUAUAUAUAUCUAUAGCAGAAUUUCAAAAAUAAAUAUAUUCUGUCGACGAGCAAUAUAGUAGUAAUAUAUAGAAUAAAUAUAUAUCACAAACGGAGGAACAGAGGGCAGGGACAGAUAUAGAUACAAUUAUAUCUAUAUACCAUCCUGCUCCACAUCCAUUCACUGUACCUGUGCUUGCAACAACAGUUAUUAUAAACACGUUAUCAACAGUAGCAGCUGCAGUCGUCGUCUAAUAUAGUCAGUCAGACAGUCAGUGCUACCCCACAUUCGUAUCCUUUUGAAGAAGGAACGGUUUUGCCACAGAGAAGACUUCGAUUUGGCCAGCGCGCCCCCAACGACAAACAACAGCCUCAAGAUUCUUCCAUUUGGGGCCAACUUUCGUCUGGAGACGACACCCGCAGAGAUGCACAAAAUAGCGGCACAGCCGCCAUCCUCAGCGCCAACCGGCGGACUGGAUGCCCCACUGGCGGCCCCCAAAUAUGGCACAUUGAUACCAAAUCGUAUAUUUGUGGGAGGAAUAAGUGGCGAUACCACCGAAGCUGAUUUGACGCGCGUCUUCAGCGCCUACGGUACGGUGAAGAGCACCAAAAUCAUCGUGGAUCGUGCUGGUGUGAGCAAGGGAUAUGGCUUUGUCACAUUCGAGACGGAGCAGGAAGCUCAAAGACUGCAAUCGGAUGGUGAAUGCGUUGUUCUACGUGAUCGCAAAUUGAACAUUGCACCGGCCAUCAAGAAACAGGUAUUCCUCUUCGAACAGCCCAAUCCUCUGCAGUCGAUUGUGGCCGCAAACGGAGCUGUUUACUACACAACCACGCCGCCGGCACCGAUUAGCAAUAUCCCGAUGGAUCAGUUUGCAGCCGCUGUAUACCCGCCAGUUACUGACUUUACAGCCGCUGGAGUUCCAGCCAUCUACCCACCUUCAGCCAUGCAAUAUCAGCCAUUCUAUCAGUACUACAGUGUGCCAAUGCAGAAUGUACCCACCAUUUGGCCGCAGAACUAUCAAGGAAUUUAUCCAUGUUAACUUUUGAGAGGAUGCAGACAGCCAGAAAGAGAGAAAGCAACAAUAGGUGAUGCUACUACUACUAAAAACUACAACAACAAAUCAACAAUAGUAAACUACAACAGCUACAACAACAACAACAAAAGCAUCAAAUAGAGUUUAACACACACAUACACCCACACACACAGCAGCUGUAAUUUCGCAAAAUGUUUAGUCAAAGAAAAUCAUUUUGGAAGGAAGUGAAGGAAAGGCAGCCACCCAAAAACACACACACACAUACACAUAAAUACAGGUGCAGGUGCAGAAGGGAAAACUGAUGGGGAAAUUUGUGUAAAGUAAGCGGCUUAUCUUAUUAAAAGUACAACGACUGUAUCUGUGUGGCCUGUGCGUGUGUGUGUGUGUGUGUGUGUGUUGGGGCAAACAUUUAUGAUGUGCAAUUAGCGGAGAGCAGUGGCGGGUCAGUGGCUUACUGACCAAACUGCACUACCGAAAAGUCAGUUGCAGAGAAAUGAGAAAUGGACACGGGAUUUUGUACAGUGAAAUUCCCCAAAACGGACAGGACUUAUACGAAAUAUGUAUGUACGUAUGUCUGGUUGGCUAUGAGGGGGAGUUUCAACUGUAUAUACAUAUAGCGAAUGGAUGGAUGUUGAUGGGAAUAGAGAGGGAAUAGCAGUUGAAGAACACUGAAACAAUAUUUAAAACUAUACUAUAAAUACAUAUACAUAUAUGGAUAUGAUACUUACUACAUAUAUACAUAACUGGAUUAUACAGAGGCAGCAAAUGUGAAAAGUACGCACGCACACGCACACAGAUGCACCGAAACAAACAUACAGACACACACACACACCCAAACAGACACAGAAUAUAUAUUAUAGAUAAUAACGGAAUACAACAAAAUUGCAUACAUACAUAUAUAUGAUAUAUAGGGUAUCUACAAUAUAUGGUAGCUAAGAGAAAAGAAGAGAAGAUAUGAUGGCAGGGCAGCGGUCGAAGAUUAAAGACAUAAUAUUAUGCAUAAAUUAAUUUAUAUAAAUAUAUACAUACAAUAUAUAAAAAAAUAUAUAUAUACAUAUAUAUAACUGUAACUGUAAACUGGUAUACUGUUACACACAGACAGACAUACACAUACAGCGAUACAAAGCAAAAACAGAGGAAUGGGAAAAUGGCGUAAGGAAAUGAAUUAGCAAAGUAGACGACGGACAAAGUCACAGCAAAAGCUACGCACACACACACACACACACACACUAACACACACACACGCAACCCACAAACACAGAAGAGAGAGAGAGAGAGAGCGCCGCAUCUCUCUGAUCAAAGCACUUACUUGCGAAAAUGGAAAAACUGAACGAAAAACAAACCCAAACCUUAGUCUAAACGAAAAAAAAAAUAAACAAUAUAUAUAUAUAUAUAAAUAUACAUAUACAUAUAAAUAUACUAAUAAAAAUGCAAGAGAGAUGCAAAUGUUAGAUCUAGUUACAUAAGCCAAGCAAAAAGUGAACUAAAAAACGACGAUGAAGAGAAAGAAGAAAGAAAGAUAGAAAGAAAAAGAAACAAAAAAAAAACAAAUACACUAUACAAUAAAGAUAUUCAAAAUAUGAUGUGAAAAACAUACACAAAACGCUCACAUAUACCAUAUAUACCACAUAUGUAUGGAUGUAUGUAUGUAUGUAUGCGAGACAUAUACAUAUAUACUCGUAUAGAGAGACUAUUCAAAAGCUAAACUCAAAGCUCUAGCAAAAUGGAAAAACAAAAAACAAAAAGCGAUAAGUAAAUAGUUAAAGAAUAAAUACAAAAAACAAAAACAAACUCAAGCAAUACAUUGACACUCAUAGGUGUGUGUUACACAAGAAUAUAGUUAAAUAUAUAUAUACAUACAUAUAUGUAUAUAUAUAUAUAUAUAUAAAACGAAGAAUACAUUAUAAUUGAACAGCAAUUUAUAAUAAAAGAAUGAAAUCUAAUGUACGUCAAGAAAAAAUGCGAAAUCUGCAAGAAUGUUGUUUUAUCAUCUCUGUUUUUUCUACCGUACUUACAAUACAUACCCCGAAGUAAACGUAAAACAUUCUGUUGUAUCUACAUAUUGUAUUGUUAUAAUGAUAAUGAUGAUGAAUCAAAAACAGGAAUAUCUGAGUGUUUGUUAAUCCAAAAAAAAUUGUUUAAGUACGAAUCUGAAUGGGCAACAUUUGCGGGGGCAGACUGUAAUGUUGUAGUGUGCUAGUGUGCUGACCGGGUCGGAGGAGGAGGGCAGCGGCGGCUGCGGCUGCGACUGGAGACUGGAGAUUGGAAAUUGGCGAGCGAGAAUUCCAUUCAAAAUUGGUGCAUAAUUUGGCUGAAAUUUGAAAUAAAUAUUCAUAUUAUAUAUAUACUCGUACGUGUAUGCCUUAUUGAAUGAAACAAAACAAAGAAAAAUUAUUUGCCCCAUUGUAAAGAAAAGAACAUAAUAAACGAGAACCCAGAGGUUUCAAAAAUACCUGCUAAACAACAGAGGUCGCCGGGGAGUCGCCACAGAAACCAGCCACCGGCUUACCGGCUUACCAGAAUACCAUAGAAAAGCCCCUACCUCCAAAAAGUCAGUCCACCGCACACUGCCACGCUGCCACCGCAAAUGCAAAACUGCAAUUUGGAUUCAGCAAAUUGUUGAGAAAUUUUUACUAAAUUGUUAAAUAGUUAAAUACAAAACGAAACAUUUUUAAAUCGAAUCGUAACAAUAAUUAGGAAUCACACGAUGGAAAACGAAAGCUAACCCAAACAAAAUGUAACGAAAUGGAAAGCAAUAAUUCAGAAGACAGGCUCUAGUUAAAAACUACUCGUAUAGAAAGUCGAAGAAG